GAAAGCAGCAGCAAGCGCGCGAGCGAGUACUGCUCUUUAAUCAGCGAGCGGCGGGAGGCGGGACGAGGUGCUGACUGUAAUGCGAUAGCCGCUCCGUCCUAAUGCUAUUACACACAAACACACACACACACAGUCACACACACACGCACGCAGCCGCAGCCAGGCGCUCAGUACACAGAACCCUGCUCGCUGGAACGGCGACGACCAGAGAGAGGAGAGACGGCGUGGAGACAGCAGCGCACGCACGCACUCACUCACACACAGUCGGGAACAGCGUGGAACCGACCAGGGCUUGUAUCUGUCUGUAACUAUAACGGAACCUGGGCUAUCGUUUUGAAGCCGUGGUAGCCUACGGAAGGUCGGGGUUAUUUGUGGUGUGGUUCCUGUCAACAACGGUCGCUCGGCACCCUGGCGUUUUCUGUCUUGCCGUGGAGGGGCUGGCCAGCGCUCGAGUUGUGGAGAGCCGCGAGGGGAGGAGAGGAGAGGGAGGGCGAGGAGAGAGGACCUCGUGUCAGUUGGAUUCGGUGGUAACCAAACGCCUCUCUUCAAACCCGAGAUCGAGGAAUUGCCUACUCUGCGGAGAGUCUCGCUACCCGUGAUAACGUUGUUCUCCCGACCCCGCUGUCAUAUCGUAAAGAACGUGGAUUGAAAGUUGCUUCCUCAACCAUGAACAGUAUUCUCCCUGGAUGAUUUACGGAUUGAUUUUGAGUGUCUGAAAUGCGCUCUUAAACAACUAUUCCGUGAAGAAUUUUAGAGAACUUUAUUGGCAGGGCGAGCAGCCGAGAGGAAGAAACUGUUGUCGCGGUUAACUCAAGCCGCAAGCCGCCCGCCGUGGGUACGCGUGCUUCUCCGUGUUGGCAGGGGCGUUUCGAGGCACCCUCGAGGAAGAUUUCUGGUGGCCGUGAAAUAGCUGUAGGGUGGCGGUUCACCCAUCAAGAUGGAUUUACUCACAUGGAUGUUUGGAUAUUUAUUCGCACUUUGUCUGUCACCGUUGCGCGCAGAAGAAGUUGAGCAGUGUGGGGGUCAGCUGGACGCGAGUGACCCUGGCUACAUCACCACGCCAGGCUACCCGCUGGAGUACCCGCCCCAUCAGGACUGCCGCUGGGUCAUCACCGCGCCCGAGCCCUCGCAGCGCAUCGUCCUCAACUUCUUCCCACUUGAGCUGGGCUUCGACUGCAGGUAUGACUUCAUCGAGAUCCGCGACGGGAACUCGGACGCGGCGGACCUGCUGGGCCGGCACUGCAGCAACAUCGCCCCACCAGCCAUCAUCUCGUCCGGCCCCAUCCUCUACAUACGCUUCGUCUCCGACUACGCACACCAGAGCGCCGGCUUCUCGCUACGUUACGAGAUCUUCAAGACAGGGUCUGACUGCUCACGGAACUUCACCAGCCUGUCGGGCGUGAUCGAGUCGCCCGGCUUCCCCGACAAGUACCCGCACAACCUGGAGUGCAACUUCAUCAUCAUCGUGCCGCCGCACAUGGACGUCACGCUGACCUUCCUGACCUUUGACCUGGAGAACGACCCCCUGCAGGGGGCAGAGGGCGAGUGCAAGUAUGACUGGUUGGAGAUAUACGACGGCCUGCCGCAAGUGGGGCCGCUGAUUGGUCGUCACUGCGGUACGAAGACCCCUCCUGAGAUCCAGUCGUCCACGGGCAUCCUGUCUCUGUCCUUCCACACGGACAUGGCCGUGGCCAAAGAUGGCUUCUCCGCACGCUACAACAUGACCUACAAAGAAGUCAGCGACAACUUCCACUGUAGUAGUGCUCUAGGCAUGAGGUCCGGCCGCAUCUCCGACGACCAGAUCACCGCCUCGUCCGUCUUCUACGACGGCCGCUGGAACGCCGAGCAGGCCCGCCUCCACAGCGAGGACCACGGAUGGACGCCCAGCACCGACAGCCAGAAGGAGUACAUCCAGGUGGAUCUGCAGUUUGUGAAGCUGCUGACGGGCAUAGCCACCCAGGGGGCGGUGUCCAAGCAGACCCAGAAGCAGUACUACGUCACCAGCUUCAAGCUAGAGGUCAGCACCAAUGGAGAGGACUGGAUGGUCUACCGCAACGGCAAGAGCCACAAGGUGUUCCAUGCCAACAGUAACCCCACGGACCCCGUUCUAAACCGCAUUCCUCAGCCAGUUCUAGCACGGUUCGUCCGGAUCCGACCACAGGCCUGGAAGACUGGCAUUGCCCUGCGCUUUGAGUUGUAUGGGUGCCAGAUCACAGACCAGCCGUGUUCGGAGAUGCAGGGCAUGCUGUCCGGGCUGCUGCCGGACUCCCAGAUCUCGGCGUCCUCCAUGCGUGACCUCCACGCUCCCAUGGGCGUCGCCCGGCUGGUGGCCAGUCGCUCGGGCUGGUUCCCUAGCCCCGCCCAGCCCGUGGCGCGGGAGGAGUGGCUCCAGGUGGACCUGGGCGUGGCCAAGGCCGUGCGGGGCGUCAUCACGCAGGGCGCGCGUGGCAUGGACGGAGGGUCCAGCACGGAGAGUCGUGCCUACGUCCGGAAGUAUCGCCUGGCGCACAGCCUCACAGGCCGCGACUGGACCUUCAUCAUGGACACCAAGACCAACCUGCCCAAGAUCUUCGAGGGGAACACACACUUCGACACGCCCGAGAUCCGGCGCUUCAACGAGACGGUGGCCCAGUUCGUCCGCGUCUACCCCGAGCGCUGGUCCCCCGCUGGCAUCGGCAUGAGGAUGGAGGUGCUGGGCUGUGACCUGCCAGAAUCCACCACGGUUCCUGACACAGCAACCCCAACCAUGCCCUCCCUGGAGACCACCACAGCACAGAGACUUCCACACAUGGACACCUCGGCGUCUCCCUGGCUCGGCGGCCUGUGUGACUUUGAGCAGAGUCUGUGUGGGUGGUCACAUGACCCAUCCACUCCGCUGCACUGGUCACUGCACAGCGCCGCAUCUCCCCUCGGACCUGGCCUCGUGAGGACCCAGCUUCGGCUCCGGCACGGUCAUGACAACUUGGGUAGCUACCUGUACCUGGAGGCGAGCCCCAAGCUGGAGCGUCAGCACGCGCGGCUGCUGAGCCCAGCGGUGGGGCCGGAGGCGGGGCCACUCUGCCUGCUCUUCUUCUACCGUCUGCAGGGCGAGGCCCGGGGACACCUGCGCGUGCUGCUCCGGGACCACCAGCAGGGGGAGACACUGCUCUGGACCCUCAGGGGGGACCAGGGGCCCAUGUGGAGAGGAGGGCGCGCAGCUGCGCGGAUCCCCAGCCAGUGCCGGGUGGUCAUUGAAGGCUACUUUGAGCAUGGCAACAGAGGUCACAUCUGGAUAGAUAACAUCCACAUGAGCUCCAGUACAGAGCUGGAACAGUGCACCCCAAUGUCGUCUUGUGUUGCCAGAUCCCCGGAAAGCUCCGACAAGCCCCAGUGCCUCUCCCUGCCUCUCUUCUCUGCGCCAGCUAAUUGUCUGCGUCUCAGGGGAACUUCCUGGGCGGGGCCCGGUUUGCCGGUGGCCCGGUUGCCCACGACCUUCUGGUGUGGUGAUGCGGCCCGGGCGGCGAUCUCGCCUUGCUGCUGUCUUGUGGCGGGGGCUGGUGCUGGCCCUCUGCCCGCCCACCCGCUACCGACUGGCGCCAAGAAGAGCUUCGCCACACCGCACUCGACCCGUGGCCUGGGGGCUCGCUCUACCCCAGCACCACCCUCAGCGGGCCGGCGACCCCUCGGCGUCGCUAGGGACCGUCCUCCUCACCCCUCCGGGGCUGAGAGGCGAGGCGGAGCACUCCAGCACGCCUGGCUCUACUCGCUGGACCCCAUCCUGCUGACCAUCAUCGUGAUGAGCUCGCUGGGCGUGCUGCUGGGCGCCGUGUGCGCCGGCCUGCUGCUCUACUGCGUGCUCCAUUACAGCGGACCUGUCCUCCGCUCCGCCCUGCAGCUGGAGAACUACAACUUCGAGCUGUCUGACGGCAUCAAGCACAAGGUCAAGAUCAACCAGCAGCUGCUGCUGCUCGAGACCCUAGAGGGAGAAGUGGACAGAGAUAGGGGGCGCUAG